AUUCAUGAUCUUGCCCGGCAGGAGGCGGAGCGUCAGAAGGAGGAGGCGGAGCAUCAGCAGGAGGAUGAGGAGGGCUGGGUGAAGGUGACGAAGGGCAGCCGCGGUGUGAAGGUCCGCCCACACAGCGAGACGGCCAAUGAGAGGACACUUCAGAAGGAGAAGAAGAAGAAAGAGCGCAAGGAGCUGCUGAACUUCUACACGUGGCAGCACAGAAACACGCAGAAAGAAUAUAUCGCUGAGCUGAGGAAGAAGUUUGAAGAGGACAAACAGAGAAUCGCUGUACUGAGAGCACAGAGGAAAUUCAGACCCUACUGA